UCAAAUUGUCAAACUAAAAUAAAUUAUUAAUGUUUACUUGUUAAUUAAACAGACAUACAUUUCUAUAGUACUUAUUGAAGGUACAAAAUAGUAGAGUACAAAAUAUAUAGGACCUUUUUAGUUAAAAAACAUGUCCUCAGAAAAUGGAGAACAAAAACCAACUAUACCAGCAAAAUCAUCAAUGGAAAUUUUAUCAGAGCUUUUCAGUACAUUUCAUGCAGAACCACCUCUGAUAAUAAAAAAAGAAAAACCAGAAGAGUCGAAUAGAAAACAUAAAAAAAGCAAGAAAAAACAUAAACACAAAGAUAAAAAACAUAAGAAAAAAGAAAAAAAGAAAAAGAAAAGUAGUAGUUCUUCAUCUGAAGAUUCUGAAGUUGAUUUAGCAAAAAUAUUGAUAAAACAGGAAAAGGAUGCAUCAGAGAAAAAAAUUAAAAUAGAAGGUACUGAGUUAGCAUUCGAUGUAAAAUUAAAAAACCUGAAGAAAGAGCAGGAUGUUGAAGAUGAAUCGGAGGAUUCGAAUGAUGCUGAAGUAAAUGUCAGAGCUAGAAAGAAUAAAGUAGCUAUCAAAAGUUUGAAACUAAACACAAUUUUCCAGUCGGCUAUAAAAGAAAUUCAAGAUAAAGUAAAAAGAAAAGUAGAUGAGGAAGGUGAAGUAUCUGAUUCUGAAAGUAGCAUUAGUGAUAAGGAAGUCAAAGUAAUCAAGGAAGAUAUCCAUUAUAAAUAUAGUGGAAAAAAACGUAGUCGUAGCAGUAGUAAAGAUAAAAGUGACAAAAAAGUAAAAAUUGACGAUUUAAGAAAUAAAAUAAGAAAUGAUUAUAAGUAUAAAGAAAAAAAUAGAGAAAUCAAUCUUAGCAAAGAAAAAGACCGAUAUAAAGAUCACAGUAGUGAUAAAGAUUUUUAUAAAGGCAGUUAUCAUAGUCGAAGGAGUGAAGACCAUCGAAGUCGGAAUAGAGACAGGGAACGAACAAGGGACCGGCAUAGGGAUUACAGAUCCAGAUCUCGAGAAAGGCAUAAAGAUUCUUAUAGUAGAGAAAUAGAGGAUUACAAAAGAAAUCGAAAUAGAGAUAGUUCUUUUUAUAAGGAUGAUGGAUUUUAUAAAUCUAGGGAGAAAGAAGACAGAGAUGAAAAAUCAACUGUUAGAGAUAGGUAUAGGGGAUAUAGUGAAAGGGACCGUAGACAUAGAUCAACCUCUAGAGAUAGAGAAGGAACAUCGAAAUUUGAUAAAAAGAAAUUAUUAGAAAUUGCAAGAAAGAAUGCAAUAACUAUGAUGAAAUCUGGCAGUCUACCAGGUGCACUUGCUCUAGGACCUCAGGCCCAAGAAAAAGUCAUUGCCGCCAUCAAAUCAGGAGGGAAAACGAUAGAGGAAUUAACAGAUUUUUGUAAAACUUUGUCAAAGAAAGAGGAAUUAGGAGAAUUAUCCAGUUUAUCAGAGAAGGAGGAGAGUGAUAGCGAGACUGACAAACCAUUUCAUCAUCCAUUCCAAAUUAAAGAUAGGCCGACUUCUAUUACAAUGAAUAUUAAGAAUUCAGUCCCACUACCGCUAAAAUCAUCUGUGGAACGUACCAGUGAAUUAAGAAUGCAGUUUCCUGUUAGUAGUGGUCAGCAACACAGAAAAGGAGAGGAAUGGCAGCCCGUAUCACCCCCUUCUCAGAAAAAAGUAGAGGAGAAGGAAAAAACGAUAGCUCCAGCCGUGACCACUACUACUACUGUAACUACCACUACCGCCGCUAUUAGCAUACCAUUGCCUCUUGAAGCCCCUCCAUUGCCGCCGGAACUCCCAGAUAUUUCGACAUUCGAUACUCCUGAGCCGAUAACCGUACCUCCACCUCCUAAUGCACCGCCGGGACCUCAAGCGUUUCCCACGCCGAUGUUGGAGCCGGCUGUUGAUAUCGGCUCCAUUGUUUCCCAAAGACUAACUGCCAUGAGAAGAUUCCAAGAGAAUCCUAAUGAUGUACAGGCCCUUACCCAAAUGUACAAAUCAAACAAAGAAAUGCAGUCCUGGGCGACAAGCAAGCAACAGCUAGGACAGUUUACAGGUUCUACGGGAGCCCAAAUUUUAACCCAAGCCCAAUUGGCGUCUGGUUAUCAAGCUUGGGCGAAAAAGGAUCAACUUCAAACUGCAGCUCCAGUGUCUGGAGGAAUGGGUAUGCACCUUUUACAAAAGAUGGGAUGGAAACCUGGGGAAGGAUUAGGUAAAGAGAAAACAGGGACACUAGAACCCUUGUUACUUGAAGUUAAAUUGGAUAAGAGAGGUCUGGUUGCAAAUGAAGAACAAAAAGGCGGCAGGGUCAAAAAACAGAAGGCCCCAGCAAGUGUGAAGAAUUUACAGGGUAAACAUCCAGUGUCUUUGUUGGGCGAGUAUUCUACAAAGAGAAAAUUAGGCGCACCACAAUACGUGUUGGAAUUUGAAUGUGGACCAGACCAUAAGAAGAAUUUCCUCUUUAAGGUUAUUCUCAAUGGUUGCGAAUAUAAACCAAAUGUUACGAGCAAUAAUAAGAAAGAGGCAAAAGCAGCAGCCGCAACUGUUUGUUUACAAGCAAUCGGUUUAUUGCCUAGUUAAUAAUUAUUAUACGAUUUUCUUACACUUACGAAGAUCUUUUAUAAGUGUACCUUUAAUUUCAUUUUAUUUGAAUACAUCCUAUUUACCUACUUACUAUUUAUGAUUUAUGAA